AUGACCAGCUUUCCGGACUUGUUGACGCCCCCCCUCCUCGCUCAGUUCGAUGCGGCUGAGCUGGCCGCGAACAACCCAACGGAAAACCAGCUCUUCGCCGCGAUCGAGCAUUACUUCGCGGACAAGACCUUCGACGAGGUGGUUGAGAAGGACCGCCGCGGCGGUUCGAACUCGCAGGCCAAGGCGGCGGCGAACCUGGACGGGUAUGCGCAGCCGGGCCCGGAGCUGGUGCGCCUGGCACUGCUGAGCGUGGGGCUGACGAUGGUGCCCCUGCCGCCUGGGCUGGCGAAUUUGAGCGGCCGGACGACCAGCAGAACCCUUACCUCGAGAUCGGAUGAGAGCUCGCUCGGGCAUCUCAACGUUCUCAACCCUCGCCUUCCCCUUGCCUCCAUACUCUCACCUCUGCGGAUGGCUAUCAAACAUCGCGCUCUCCAAGCUCAGUGGAAUCCCCCCAUAAGCUCACUCCACUUCCCCAUCGACGUUGUUGAAAACUUCAUCGACGUCCUCGGCGAUCGCGGUGAUCACACCGCGCUCGCGCAGUGCAUCCGGGUGUGCAAGUCAUGGUUUCCCCGAAGCCGCUACCGCCUCUGGCACAGGCUCGUCAUUUCUAGGGGCGACCAACUACCCGCGAUCUGCAGCGCCUUCGCACGCGACACCUCUCUGCGCUCGUUAGUUCAGAUCGUCCGGCUGCAUGGUACACCGGGCUCAGAUGUCGACAAGCCAGGACCUCUCCCGAUCGCCGCCAUCGUAGUCCUUCUUCCUCACCUGGGUCACAUUACCGCAUGGGAGUUCUACGGGCGGAUCUCUCCUUCUAUCUGCGUUUGGACACUCGCCACCAGUUCUUGCGAACUCCACUUCCUCCGCCACCACGACAACACAAUCACAAGGUUCGAGUCGAAGAUCUACGCGACCGCUCUCCGCCAACACUCAAGUCCGGAACGCGAAGACCACCGUCCGCGCGUUGUCGCGAUAUGCAGGCACGGCACUCUGCUCACCGCGGCGGUCGGCUUGCCCGACGCGGUUACCACCAUCCCACCUCCGGGUGACUUCCCAACCAUCCAUCGCGCGUCCUUCUCCUCCGAUGGGACACGUUUGCUAGUCACCGGUGAUAGCCCCACCCCGUUCCGCCUCGUCCUUGACACACUCACCGGCGCGACGAUCGCCGGCUUCGACGGCGGCCGCUACCAUGCCCUCUUCAGAGGCGUCCCCACAGCCGCGGAGCUCUCGGGCGACGGACAGGUGGCGGUGAUAGAGAGCGAGGGGUCGGGGCGGGGGCCGUCGGAGUGGUGGCUCUGGAGGCUGGAGGACGGGACGCCACACCGGGUGCUCAACCGCGAGGACAGACAAGUUGUGCGGAAGUGCGCGCUGUCUCGGGACGGUCGAGUGGCUGGAUUCGCGACUAAGGAAGGAGCGGCGUUUUUCCGGAAUGUAGACGACCUAGAUCUGGGAUCCGACCCAGUUUCUGUGAUAUGGUAG